GUGUUGUCAUAAAAUCUAUAUAUUUUUGUGUCUAUCUUUUUUUUCACGUGAUAUUAAUAUAUAAUACAUUCUAAAAGUGAAUGUCAGUCAGGUAGUGGUUGAGUUAGUUCAAAAAUUUCAACAUAUUUGGUUUUAUUUCUCAAUAUAACAAUAAAUACUCUUGUCAGAAAAAUAGUUAUGAGAGAAGGCUCAGCUAUUUUAUAUAUAAAUAAUAAACCCAUUUUAAUUCUGAUUUCUUCAUUUAAAGAAAAUACUUCUCCAUCUUUCAAGUCAACCCAAAAGAAAAAAAAAAAUACAAAAAGAAAGGCGGCAGAAAGCAUAACGGCUAUAAUACCAUCCGCCGACUCAUUCAUAAAUCAGCCAAUACUCAAUAGCCACGUGUACAAAAAGAUCAUUAGUUUUCCGAUUGUACACCUCCAGACUUUCCCUCUAUUUUCAAGCCCUCCUCCUGUCCUGCUUUAACAGAGGCCCGUUCACGCAUACUUUCACUGACCGUGGAAAGUGAACGAGAUUAAGACCAACCCUUCUGCGAAAGCAUAUUGGGACGCGUAUUAACUGUUAAAGACACUUUCACAAAUCCCACAUCGAAACCAAGUGCUAAAUAAUCGCCCAACAGCUUGAAUAAAAAAAGCCUCUGGAACCGUGCUUCCCCAUUCAGUAUUUAGCUCAGCCUUGACAAGACCUAUGAAAUUAAACACUGCCGGCUCUCUUUCCUUUGAGAAUAAUUAAACACCGCCGGCUCUCUUUCCUUGUAUUUUGAGAAGUAUUUAUUUAAAGUUUUGUUAACCGGAAGAGAUGGUGGUGGAUCAAGUCGGAUCGACGAAGAUCGAACAAAAUCAAAUGGAAUUGGAUCGCUACCCAGCGAUGAAGCGGAUUCGAGAGGAGUAUAGUAAGAUUGAAUCCAAACCCCCCGACGAUGGAGUCGGAUCGACGCAGAUCGAACAGAAUCAAAUGGAAUUGGAUCGCUACCCGAAGAUGAAGCGGAUUCGUGGGAUUGAAUCCAAACCCUCCGAUCGUGUCGGAUCGACGCAGAUCGGACAAAAUGAAACGGAAAUCGGUUUGCGGAAAACUACCAUCUCAAACUGUCUGUCUCGGCUUGAAGAGGAGUACAGAGAGAUUAAAUCCAAGCCCUCCGACGAUUUUGACUGCCGCAUGCUCGAGCGGAACCCAUAUGAAUGGCAAUUUGGAAUCAGAGGCGCUAGUGGCACUGAAUUCGAGAAUGGGAUUUAUCAUGGGGUGCUCCGGUUUAGGAAGAAUUACCCAUUGAAGCCUCCUUCAAUCUCGCUUUUGACGGAAAAUGGUCGCUUCAAAACCAACACCAAGAUCAGGAUAAAGCGACUGAAUGAUUGGCAGCCAUCAUGGGAGGUGCGAGAUGCUUUACAUGCACUUAUCGAUGAAAUGCCCACCUACCCAGAUGGUUUAUUGGGUUCAGUAGAAUACAAUAAGGAAGAAAGGCGUGAUCUGGCCAGGAAAUCUCGUGAAGCAGCCCCAAAAUAUGGCACUUCUGAACGUCAGAAGUUAAUUAAUGAUAUUCAUAAAUAUCUGCUAAACAAGUCACCAUCUGAUCCUGUUACUCAACUUCCUCAACUGAGCCCCGCACAAACCUCCAACGGCACAGGCGGUGGCUAUGUCGUCAACGUUAGUGGGAAUAUAUUUCAUGCUACCAAUUCCAACGGGGUAGGAAUUUUGGGUUCUAUGAAUGAGUUCUCCGACGAAGGCCACAAGCCCAAGAAGGUUAAACUUUCUUGGCCAGAACUUUUUUGGCGAAGAAAGCAGAACUAGACGUCUGUAGCGUAUGCCUCUUUUUGUUGUAGCUUCUCUCAUGUACAACUAAAUUGAAAUUGAAAAUGUGCAUUCUAGUUUAAUGAAUAUUCUUGACUCUUCUUGCA